UCUCUCUGUCUGCAGAGGUGUAUUUAAGGACUCUUUUACAUGAAAUUCUAGACUCCUCUCACCCUUUUUCAUGCCUAUCCAAAAGGGUGUUUUCAGCUAUUGAAGAAUCGAUGAUCCGCUUAAAUUUGGUCACUUUUUGCUUCUUUUCUGUGUUGUUCUAUGUCCAAGCUCAACCUUCUUCUCAAGAUGCUGAAAACUAUUCAUUUCAGCCAAAUCUUGGGUUUGUGAUAGGAAUUCUAGGCGUUAUGUUUGUGUUGACAUUUGUUCUUCUUGUUUAUGCAAAGUACUGCCAUAACAGAUCUUCUGUUCAUGUGAAUAAUGGUGUAACCCAUGGCGGACAAAUCAGAUCAAGCUCAAGCACACCCAUUUUGGGAAUCGACAAGACAGUGAUCGAGUCCCUUCCAUUUUUUAGAUUCUCCACUCUUAAAGGCUCCAAACGAGGGCUUGAAUGUGCUAUCUGUCUUUCCAAAUUUGAAGAUAUCGAAAUUCUCCGGCUGUUGCCUAAGUGCAAGCACGCGUUUCAUAUCAACUGCAUCGACCAUUGGCUUGAAAGACAUGCCACCUGCCCUCUUUGCAGGCAGGGAGUUAGCUCAGAGGAUUUGCAGCUCUUUACUAAUUCAAGCAGUAUGAGGUUCUUAUGGAGCAAUUUAUCAGAGCUGAAGCAAGAUUCAAACAUAGAGCUGUUUGUACAGAGAGAAGAAGAAGAAGAAGAACAUCAACAACAACAACAACAGAUCCAUGGCUCUUUUAGAUUCAGCAUUGGGAGAAGCUUCAGAAAGAUGUUGAAGAGUGACAAAGAAGGGGAAAUGUUGAUUCAAAAGGAUUAUGAUGGAGAUAAGAACAUGAAGAACUUACACAGACAUAAUCACAAGAUCAUCAUAUCUGAUUUUGUCUUCAUGAAUCGAUGGAGCAAUGUUAGUUCAUCAGACAUGAUGUUCUUGAAUAAAGAGAUGAUUGAUUCCAUUUCAAGCGGUAGAUUUACUUCCUUGGAAACAUAUUUAGAGGAGUCAACGCUAUCAAGAUCAGUAGAAAAUGAAGAACCCUUGAAGGGAUUUCCAUCUACAUCAGAUUGUUCAGCAAGAAUUACAAGCACAGAAGCGAGAAGAUCCGUUUCAGAAAUCACAGGCGUGACAAGAUUUGGUGGUGAUGUUCAUAUGAAUUUCAACAGAAAAAUUGAAAUGGGGGAAUCUUCUGAGCUGGAAAACAAUGUGAAGAGACAAACUUGGUACCCAAUUGCUAGAAAGACAGUCCAAUGGUUUGCCAAUAGAGAAAAAACAAGACAACACAGAGUAGAAACUGUAUAAACCAGACCAGUUCUUCAUCUUUCUUUCAUUUAUUUUUGUUUUGGUUAAGAAUCAUUAGUUUAGAUAGUUAAAAACAUCAAGUUCUUUGAACUGUUACCAUACAAACUUGUUGAAAUUUCAAUAAGACAAAUGUAUAAGCUCUG